AUGACUCCUCCUCCUCCAACCGACUCGAUACUCCACACAAUAGGGAAUACCCCGGUAGUGAGACUCCAACAGGUUGUCCCUGAAGGUUGCGCAGAUGUGUAUGUGAAGCUUGAAUUUUUCAGUCCAACAGGCUCAUACAAGGACCGCAUGGCAAAAUCAAUGAUCGAGGAAGCCGAACGAUCCGGACGACUUGCCCAUCCCAUGACUGUUGUCGAAGCCACAGGUGGUAGCACAGGCUCAUCACUAGCAUUUGUUUGUGCUGUGAAAGGAUACAAAUUUGUGGCUCUCUCUUCCAAUGCGUAUGCAGACGAGAAACUACGCACCAUGUCGGCGUUUGGGGCCACAGUUGAUAUAACCCACAGCCCUACCGGAAAGGCCACUGCGGACCUGAUGACGCAUAUGAAGGAUAAAGCCGUGGAACUCAGCAAGCGAGAUGGCUACUUCUACACAGAUCAGUUUAGUAAUCGCGACGCGCUCGUCGGAUAUAGACAAAUUGGCCAUGAGCUGGUCGCUCAAUUUCCGGAUGGAUUUGACGCAUUCUGCGGUUCCUUUGGCACCGGGGGCAUGGCGAUGGGCGUUUCUAGUGUCCUCAAGCCAGCUAUGCCAGCUAUCCGAGUCGUUCUCGUCGAGCCUGAUGGUCCAGCCCUGCUUUCAAAGGGACAGAAAGGCGCCCACGGUGUGGAUGGGAUCUCACCGGGUUUUAUCUCUCAACACGUUGAUGAAACGUUAUACGAUGGCACGCAGGUUGUGCAAGAAGAAAAAGGGCGAAGGAUGUGUAAGGAACUUGCCAAACGCGAAGGAAUUUUCGUGGGAACGUCAUCAGGACUGAAUAUUGCAGCUGCAAUCCAGCUUGCUAAAGAACUUGGCCCAGGAAAAAAGGUUGUUACAGUUGCCUGUGAUACGGGGAUGAAAUACCUCUCCGGGUCACUCUUCUCGAGAUAG